CAAAAUGUCCGAUGCAGUGCUUAUGUGUUUGGAGAUGUGACUAAAUCCAACCCAAACUGACACUUUGUUACUCAUUCGCCAGGUUUACUCAUCAUGGAUCAAAAGAACAACACAAGUCGUUGUAUUUUCAUACUAUGAAACAUACUUUUCUGCUCAGAAUGUCUACAGAAACAAAAAUAACCCCACAGUCACAACAAGACAAGAAGGACUUAGAGAAGUUCAUCAAAUUUCUUGCCCUGAAGUCUAUACAAGUAAUUGUGCAAUCAAGAUUAGGAAAUAAAACACAUACCAAAUGCAAACCCCAAUCAACGGGUUCUGAUUGGUUCAACCUAGCAAUUAAAGAUAAUGCCGAAGUAUUAGCUGAAGCUAAGAAGCACAUAUCAAAUCAAUUACCAACCAUUGGUACGUCUAUGUGUGUAGAAGUCUCACUAAGAACAGCAGAGGGUGAUAGUAUGAUAUUAGAAAUUUGGUGCUUAGGAAUGAAUGAUCGAUGUGAUACCAAUGCCAAAGUACACUAUGCAGUUUACAAUAGAAUGGGCUUACUACUGAAAUCACUUAUAUGUAUGUGUAGGGUCACACCAGCUUAUAAACUGGCAAGAAAACAAGGCUCUGAUUUUGGUAUCUUUUAUAGGAUCUUCUAUGGUGCUGCUAACUUGUCGGCAUUAGGAGAAGGUUUUGAAAGUUUACGUGUUGGAUCAGUAGCUACACCCAUAGGUACAAUUACGCUGACUGCAGCCUAUAGAACUAAAUUAGCUAUUCCAGAUAGGCGAGCCAGUAAUUCUACGCCUAUGGCAGUUAAGGAUGACCAUUUUCAAACCAGUCCUAAACGUCUGUCUGCUAGACAUUGCAACCAAAGUAGUUCAGGAUUAGAGAAAGACGUUUUUGCGCAGUACUCGGUAACUCAGUCUCAAGAUUUGUGCACUUCUACAUUCUCGACAUCACCUCCAGAUAGUACAUGCAUCCAAGCACCACAGACUGAUUGCAAACCACACAAAUACACACAACCUAUCAACGUUACAACUGUGAAUCGAACUAGAACAUCAUCAGAAUCAAAACCAACUAGUCUUCCUGAUACUCCUGGCAGUUUCAGCUCAGGCCAGAAAAGAGGUGCCUUUGUCACCACUGAGAAAUCACCUCCUGAUCAGGGUGAUGUUUUCCCAGUAGACAUCCCAUUUAUGUCAUUACUACAAGAACAUACUCCUUGUGAACCUCCUAAAAAUAAAAGCUUAGUUGCUGCAAAAAAAGCUUCAGUGGACCAACCAACUGAUCAAACAGCAUCAACAGGGUCUAAUAAAUCAAAUAGUAGCCAACUCUCCGCAACUGACGACUUUGUCAUGGUGGAACUGAAACCAGCCUUUGCAAAGACAAAUUCAUGUAGUGAUUUGGGUGUAUUUUAUCGUGAAUGUCAAGCAGCUGCACCGCUGCUAACUUUUGAUGACUGUGUUAAAACAGAGAAUAUUCCAAAUGAGCUUUUUCAGAACGAGUUGAGUGAUCAGUUACAUCUAUAUGAAGAGCAGUUGUUUGUCUUUGAUGACUUUGUUAAAAGUUUGCAAGAAGAUUGCAGUGACAGUAGUAGUUAAUGAAACACACUCAUUUCUCUUUCUAUCAUAUAGUUGAUGUUUUUUUAAAAAAAAUCAUUUACAUUGUGCAGUCUGUGGUUUUUAAAACUUAUAGAUUUAAUUAAAAAAAAUGGAGGUUAAAGAACCAGAAUCUCUGGAGAAUAGACAAUUUUACAGUUAAUUAAACCAGG